AUCCAAAAGCAGCCCCAGAUAUGCUUCUGUUCAGCCAGCGACUCGAUAAACAUUUCUGCACUUAAAUAAAGCCCCGGACCCCGCCAGGGUCUUAGAACGUAUUCGAUUGCGUCUUGUUCUGACUUGCUGAAAUCGGCAUCAUACCUAACACACACAAAGAAACAGCUGCGAACGGCCACAUCGAAUUCAAAUACCUUGUGGUCUUACUGCUCCUUGCCUCUCGACAUCUCGUCUUCAACACGUCAAUCAAUCACCAAACACCAACCGGUGCAAGAUACACCGACAAGGGACGAGAAUAAGACACACAGCACCUCGGACAAACCCCUAGUCCAGUCCAAUCCAGUUCAACCGAACAUUCACCUCUGCGAGUCCCUCCUAAAAGCACCAGAUCCCAGCUGUGCCCGUCCACUUUUUGUACCAUUGGAGCAACAGUAACAACAACCACAACAACAAAACAAAACACGCAAUAAAAGAACCUCCGCCCUGGCGAUCCAUCCAGGCCAUCCUCCUGCAUCUCGCACCGUCAUAGAAUCGUCAAGACUCCCGAGAACGCAGCGUCGCAACCUUCACCCCGCGCAGUGCCGCUGCCCCUCGUCUCCAUUCUUCAUUAAACUCAACCUGCAGGCUGUCGCUGCUGGCUAGCCCCAAUCUGUCCGGAUCGCAUUCUGCGUCAAGUGCCGCAGCAAGGGGCCUCGUGCCAAUCUUACGCUGCUCCUCUCCGCUGCCGUUCAACGAAACAAACGCACCGCUGCUCCUGCGAGUAUCGAAGCUAUUUCCACCCUGCAGCACACACACACACACGCACACGCACACACAACCUGUUCGUCAGCAGAAACCCGGCAAGAAAAGUGGCCUCGAGACAUCGAAGCGACCAACCGGAGAGCGAGCGGACGAAGCAAAGCAAGUCAUAGUGCCAAGCAAGGGGCGGGGAGAGGAGAGCCACCCGCAAGCGAAAGGCCGAAGGAGGAUUCGAGCGAGAGCAUACCGAAAAAAGAACAAUCCCGUCUUAGCAACCAACCCUGGAAAGAGGAAGCAGAAAGUCCCUCCACGGGCAAUCCUCCCAGGCAAACACCCCAUUCGACCACACGCUACACACCACGACGACCCAGCCGGCAGUACACCAAGCACCAUCUCUCACCUCCCAGAGCUCCGGACCAAUACCACCUCGACCUGCACUUGGACGAUUGGACCUGCGCAAAAAGCAACCCGCCGAUCGAGCCUGCCCCUCGUCCACCGUCUCUUCCUUCGUCGAGCUCCUGCACCUGGUUGCUGGUCGCUGGCACACACCCCCUCCUCCCACUUCCUCCCUGACGAACCAUCCCGACGCCUCCGUCUCCCGUACGGUGUGUACCCGUCCCCGGUUCCCGUCUCCAGCACUUUCCUAGGCUCAGCCAACAAGUCCCUACCCCCUCCUCCUCCUCCCCCCUCCAAUUCAUAGACAUGCAGCGAUCAGGCCCAACACCCGCGACCGCAAAUGCACCCUUCUUCUCAUCCUCCUUCUUCUCCUCUUCCUCCUCCAAGUCUCGCCCUGGCACAUCAUCAGGCGACCAGCAACAGCAACAACAACAACAACAACCACAGCAGUCCCAAUCGCAACCACCACCGCAACCCUCGCCCUUCUUCCCGCCGCCCCUCCAACAGCCAUCCGGCACCAACCUGCUGUUGAAGGAUCGCAAGAACUCCUUCGGCCGAAAGACCUCUUUCAGUUCUCCCUCAAAGUCCUCCAAGCGUCGCGCCAACAGCUCUAGUUCCGGUGGAGGAGGCAAUGUCGUAGUCACCGACCGCAACAUCCCCCCCGCACUCCCCGACUUCGCCCUCGCCGCCGCCGCAAAGAUUACCCGCGACACAGACAACAUCCAGAGUCCUGCCUCCGCCGACAGCUUCUCCAGGAUGCUCAGCCGUACACAGACCGGCUCAGUGAGCCUCGCGCCCAGCGAUCGUCUGCAGCCACCGCCGACGUCCGCGACGCACCCAAACUUGUGGCAGUCAAGCGAGUCCGUUGUGUUGCACAUGCAGAUGCAGGAGAUGGCAAACAAGAGGAUAUCGACGUUGGACUAUCUGCGGAAAGCUCACGAAGGCCGAGUAUACUGGUUCAACACGAUCCUCUUCGACAAGCCCGACGUGGCCCGCAUGCCAUCCUUCGAAUCGCGGAAACUCGCUCGCCGCGCAACAAACUACCUCUUGCUCGGUCUCUCUCUCCCCACCAUUGUCGAUCUCUACGCCAAUACCCCCAUCGAAUUUCUUCGCAGCCUCAACAAUCUCCUUCAAGAGUUUGAGUCCUUCCAGCAGCUACACAGCGAAGGUGGUGGCUCCACGAGCUCGCUUUCGCGCGCGCGGUUGCCGUCCAUGUUCCGACGUCAGGGCGGAAAGUCGCGGCGCAGCGCGAGCGGCGCCAACGAUAUCGGGUACCCUCUCGACUCGGACUCGGCGGGCGGCGGCAGUUAUGGCGGUCUCGGGAGCUCGUCGAGCGCGAGCGCUAGCGUCAUGUCGUUCGCGUCUAGCGACAAUGACUUGCUUCCGGGAGAGGUGUACACUCACCUGCUGACGCCGUCGCUGCCGUUCGAGCCGGACUUUUAUGAGACCUUCGCGACGCUGUGCGAGGUGCUCAUCGACGUCUACACAAAGGUGCUGAGCUUGGUCCCUACGCCGAGGGAAACGACGGCGCCGGUGGCAGAACUAUUUGCCAAAGCGGACGCCAAGGUACGCAAGAUCAUCGUGCAAGGCGUCGUCAAGGAGUUUGAGGACAGCAGCAGAACGCACAUCAGGACCGAGGUGGCCAAUAUCGGUAAGGUUGUGCUCGGGGGCUUAAUGUGACGAGAAUGUAUGGCAUUAUGUGUGGAAUGACUUGCAUUUACAAGGAGUUUUUUUUCGGGGGAGAUAUGGCCUUAUGAGAGAUGGCCGCGACUCGGCGCAAGGACAACACAUUGAAGACUUUUAAGUAUACCAAAUUCAUUUUUCUGUAUUGCUACUUAUUUUUAUUCCAUGAAAAGGGUGGUAGAGUAGGCGAGUGAAGCUCGAGCUACAAUCUUGAUGAUUGAGAAAAGAAUAAAAAACUUGAUUGAAAAAGUGUUCAUCAGAUACCAUAACGCAUGUUUUGUCGUCACAAUGGCGGCCCCUAAGGACUCUCACCUCAGUGCUUGACUCUAUUUGGUAAUCAUCAUCGAACGUGAAAAGGAAAUUGAGCAGACAAUUCUCUCCGCCAAUCCAGGACAUCAUAGACAGAAAGACUUCCCACGAAGUCCAGAGUGUAGGCGUCUAGCCCCGUUGUUGAGAGACAAGGAAAAAAUGUCGACCUUUGGUUGAACCC